UGCACGUGCGUCGUCGCACAAGGGCCGUGUGUGCGAGUCGAGUGGGUGUGGGGCGGAUUGGUGGUGCUGGUGACGUAAUGGAUGGCCACUGAAAGUGCUUUCAGAAGAGGCGGCUCUCUCAGUGUGCUGCUGGCCCGCCGUGGUCUCUCUCAUCUUCAGGAGUCUUGACCAAGGUCAACAACCAAGAGCUUUCUCGCCUGCGCAUUCGACUUGCUCUUUAGCCCUGCAGCCGGCGAGUCCGCAAUAACUUGCAGCCACCUGCUGCUGCUGCUGCUGCUGCUGUUGCCCCGUGUGGAUUUCCCACUGACUCCGCUCGUCGCCGUUCAGUAUGAGCAAGGGUGGCCAUAGCCAGGCCUCGCCCGCAGGAGAUGAGAAUUUACCCGACCGAGAGACGGAUCACAUCACGAACGCCGAUGGCCUUUCCAUCUACUGCCGCUACUGGAGGCCAACCCAAGGCAAGCCCAGGGGUCUGGUGCACGUGAUUCACGGAGCUGGCGAGCACUGCCGCCGCUACGACGAGGUCGCGUCUCGUCUCUCCGCGCUCGGGUAUUUCGCCUUCGCCCACGACCACGUGGGGCACGGGCAGAGCGAGGGGCCACGGAUGCAGGUGUCGGACUUCCAGGUGUUUGUGCGAGACACCCUGCAGCAUUUCGAUCUGAUCUGCAAGCGCUACCCGGACCUGCCCAUAUUCCUGCUGGGACACUCCAUGGGUGGUGCCAUCUCUAUCCUGGCGGCGAGCGAGAGGUCGGACAAGGUGGCUGGAGUGGUGCUGAUCGGCCCUCUCAUCGAAGGCAACCCUGACAUCGUCUCGCCGUUCAAGAUCUUUCUGAUGAAGAUCUUCAAGUACCUGCUGCCCAGCCUCACCUUGGCCUCCAUCGGCCCCACCUUGGUGACGCGCAACAAGGCGGAGGUGGAGCUCUUCGAGUCGGACCCGCUGGUGCACCACGCUGGGCUGUCCGUGAGCUUCCUCUCCACGCUCAUGGACGCGGUGGCGCGCAUCGAGGCGCUGCUACCGGACGUGACGUGGCCGUUCCUGCUGCUGCACGGCGACGAGGACCAGCUGUGCUUCGUGGGCGGCUCCAAGGCCUUUCACGAGCGUGCACGCAGCGCCGACAAGACCCUGCACAUCUACGAGGGCGCGUACCACGCGCUGCACAAGGAGAUCCCGGAGUGCGCCGGCACCGUCUUGGAGGAGAUUGAGGCUUGGAUCGUGGCACGGACGCCCGCUUAGCCGCGUGACACGUGUGGUGAACAACACUACGCCGAGAGGAGAGAAGGGGCGGAGCGACGCACCAGGAGUUCGAUGGCGUUUCUGGAAAGUGUUAGGGGUUAGGACUGGUGGUUAGCAUUUGGUUAGUUCAGUUAAAGGUUCAGAGUAAUGUUAGGAUCUGAUCCAACAAUGGAUUUUUGUAAAAUGCCUUCCGCUUGCCACCAUGUAGUUCCAGAGCCUCCAGUAACCUAUUCUGCAUGAUGGCCAUCUAUCCAAGCACUUUGCAGGCUCCAGCCUACUUCGCCUUUGGGAUAUGAUGAUAUCGGAUGCUUUCCCAUUGAUCAGGUCGUAUGGUUAAGGGGUUGUGUCAGAUUUUGUUAGGCUCGUGUCAAAUGACUUCUAAUAGAGUGCCUGUCCCCAUAUUGCCAAGGAUUACCUCUUCACCUUUGAUGCCCUUUUCAUUGUCGGCGUUGACGGCAACAGUCACGUUUGGAGAGAAUAUUUGUUUGAGUUUUCUCCCAGUAGGUAAAGCCUUGCGCAAAUUUCGCACUCAAUGGGUAAUGGGUCUCGGGUAUCAUUGGUCAGCAUAUUAAAAAUAAUGAACACACAAGUGCCACACACUCCUGUCGGUGUUGCACUUGGCAGUUUCAUGUCCGAGCAGCGUACAAGCAGUGCAAGUGGACGUAGUCACCGGACACGAGAAAAAAAAAGCUUGGACAAUACUUCGUGGAAUGUAACUGUGUGUUAACUUCUGAAAUUUCAUGAUUAUCACGGCACGUACAAGGAUUUUGGAAAGCAUUGUCAUCAAUUAAACAUUUAUUUAGAUUGCCCCUAUCACUUUGGAUGUGCUCGUGUAAACAUUCACAUAAUGGGAGAUAUUAAGGAAAGGACCAGAUUGUGAAAUAUGCAAUUCUACAUUUCGUACAGAGCAGAGGUUUAGUGCAUUACUUCUUACAGACAGGCGUGGCAUCUUGCGCCACUUUUCCAGAUUUUGGCAUCACCACCUGCGGUGCACACAGAGCAGCUGCGCCUCAUGAUCACUCUCAAUCUCCCAGUGAUGGUUUUGCGUGGCUUUCAUCGAUGCUUGCUAAUAAUACUCACUUAGUUUACCAGGAUAGAAAGGCACUGCUUUUUUUGACCUGGGUGUGUGUAGUUGGUUAAUCAAUUAACUUUAUUAACAAUCAUAUUUUGUAAUUCACAAUUUCCAUUGCAUUUUAAUUCAUGUAACUUUGGUCUCUGCAUUUUAUUCAAAACGAGAUCUGUGUAAGUAACCUCAAUGUUGCACAUUGAGGUUACUGCUGUUGGUGAAGCAAUUUAGGGUUUUAUCCAUGAUACAGCAGCAUUAUGUCAUGACUCAAUAGGAACGCAACACUAUCUGAAAGUUAAAGGGUUUAAAAUUGCAGCAACCACGAGAUUUAAUAUUUUUUGUAGAGCUAAAUGGCACAGUAUAUUGGUGUUAUAUGUCGAUUCGGUCGCUUUGAAGUUCCGUUUGUGAUGUACUUUCUCAGUAAUUGGCGAUGCACAGUCACUGAUGAGCUCCGUUAAUCUCCGUUCACCCGUUACUCAUGGCAAAGUUGGGACACGCCAUCCUUGCAUUUAAUAAGCAAGACAUUUCAAAUACGUUGAAGUUCUCUAUUUACGUUGGGGUGUCAUCCCUGGAAAACGCGACAUGAGGCGAAACAACGUGUAUCAAAACCUAUUUAACCUUGACUUAAUUAUAUACAUUUAGGAUACGUUCCUGGGGGUCAAUUUUUGGUCGACAUUCGCAGAAAAAUAUAUUAAAUCAGUAUCAGAAAAGAUAACAAGACUCUAAAGAAAGAUGUUUUUAAAAUGUGUAUUUUACUAUUUUUCUUUCGUAUGGCUGACGUAGAUGCAGAGCAACAACAAUUACAAUUUAACAUUCAGGUGGUCAAGGCAGAUAACCAAGUCAAGAGCAGCGGAGUGUAUCAUCAUCGCCGUGAUGUCUCCUUCGUAUUUAUGGAUCGGGCCAUUGCGUCGUUAUACAUUGCACGUUCCUUUCUGGAUGACCACAGUCGCCCAUGGUUUGUGCAGUGGACGCGAUUUCGGGUGGACCAUGAGCUUCGUGGAAGAUCAAACCCAGGGAUCUUGUGCGUUGGGUCUUUGGCAAUCAAAAAAAACUUUCAUAAUGUUUUUAUUGAACCCGCAACACAAACACAACAGUGGGUGAACGUGUGGAUGGAAGACGCGCCCUCUGGAUGAUUCUCCCCUUAAGGGUUUCUCUUCCCUACAAACAGUCGGGUCAAAGGUCGGGAGAGAGGAUUCGAGGAGGGAGAGAGAGAGAGGACGUGGUGGGGGAUAACCAAAUAAAGAAUAAGGAGAGUAAAAAUAACUGGCAGGAUGUCCGGUUCUUCCUUUUUCCUUUCUGGGAGGAAGUCAACUGAGAAUAGAGUCGUCUGGUAUCUAUGGCCCGGUCCUCCUCUCUAGCCCUCGGCUCACCAAUCAUUUUAUUUCCUCAUUCCGUGCAGGUGCUUCAUGUUGCGUGGGGUAACUGGGGUUUCUCAAGGAAUGGGGUGCAUAUCGCCUCCUAUGCCCCCUUGUAUCUUCCCUUCGGCUUGUAGCUAAGCUGCUCCACCGCUGCCAAUGCGACUCAGAAAAAACUUAAGUGUAACACGUUUAAACAAGUAAUACAAGUGAGCAAAAGAGUAGCUCGCCACAGCUGGGGGCCUGGUGUGGGGCGAAGAGGGAGUCGAGUUACUACGGCAUGGCGAUGUCGUAGACACCGAGGAUUCAUCGCCCUCCAAGGGGGCCGUAGUGCGUCCGUCACGUACACCGCCAAAACUGCUGCGCGUUCAUUCGUUAAACAUUUUCACAAACAACGUGGCGGUGAAUCGACGCAUUGCCCCAUCAAAUUACGUUCCCGAAUUCGUCGGCGACGUUGCAGUGAAGCAACGUAAAUGAUCAGCGGUCAUCAUCAUCAUCGGUCGGCUCAGCACCAGCAGAGGGAAGGAAGGAAAUGGGUCGGACAGCCUAAGGAACCCGCCGCAUUUCAGAGAGCUUGGCCAGAGGCGCACGUGCGGAUCCCCGUUUUGAAGAGCUUAAGGUCGAGGGGACGUAGACGCAGGGUUUGUGAAUCGAGUGAUGCCCCAUCGGUGUUGUGUUGUUAUUUUACGUCGAGUGCGCGAUACGAGACGAUGUUUCGGUAAUUCCUUCGCAACCACCGACAUUGAUGUUAGCAACAAGAUAUCAUUGAAGAUUAGGCUGUGCUGAUGAGCCUUAAUCAGGGAGAGUUUUAUAGUUGGAAAUUUAGAUUCAGUGUCAUGCAAAAACCGCAAAUCCUGAUUUUUAUGACUGAUUAUAUCAGGCACUGGAGAUACCGAACCUUUUGGCUGGCAAACAAGGUUAUUUUCUGUUUCAAGACUGCUAUGUGGCCUGACUAAUGAUCACAUUCGCGAACGUGACAAUGCGUGCUCCACACAACAUCCACCCCUCACAACGUGUACCCCCCAGAUACAAUGUCUCAAAUCACCUAGAUGUUUUGGUUUUACCAACGUCAUUGAGAGGCGUUGUCUGUUUUUAUCUUUUUAAAAGGAGCUACACAGAGAGACGUUGGCCAUGCAGGAGAUUUAGCACCUUUAACCGAAUUUAAUGUGAAUAAUAAACCAGGUAUGUUAACCAGAUGUGUGAACUUUUUGUAAAUACUGUACCGUGAUUCAGGAUUUGUAGUCAAGUUUUUAGCUGCACACUUGUUUUAACCACUGAUGUGAUUCAAGUUAGGACGCUGAAGUUAUCGUAAAGAUAACUCGAUGGACUCGUGUUGCCUACACACGGCCAGUGGUCUCGUGUGGGCCCUUUGCUUAAUGAUCAUCCAAUAUCGAAGGGUUUUUUUGUUCUGUUGGCGUUGGUGUCACAUCGCAGUGAUCGGGCGUUCAAGUCGAUUGCUUUGGUUUGUUGCCUGUGUAGCAUUUCCACCCCUGCAUUGCAACCUCUCAAAGCACACAUCACAUCGCUCUUAGAAAAUAAUAAUAAUAAUCUCUGCUGCCUAGUUUCCUGGCUGCCUGCUGGCUGGGCUCCUGUGGCAACAGUCACCCCCUGUCUACAAACCUGGAUGCCGUCUUGGUAGCAACACGGGGUGUGUGUGGGAAACGGAAGCCUUAAAAGAACACGCUUUCGGCCGUGUUAUUGGUAAAACUAAUAAAACAUGAUGACAGUU